CCCUAGGGGGAGGGAAAGCCUGGUACAGGGCACGGAGCUAGGCCAUCCCCCGUGACAGCUGUGACCUGGGUUCCCUACUGGUUGUGGGCUGAUGGCGAUUCGGGUAGACUCCCGGCCAAUUCUGGAGGGUUGGCAACCCUAUGUGUUUGGUGCCUGAUGAGGUUUAGCCAGCCUGGCUCCUAGGCUACAGGGCGGCCAGCUACAACCGAUUCUGCGGCCGGUCAAAUAGCUAGACUUGGUGUCUGAAAUUGGGGUAGUAGUAGGUAAAGAUUAUCAGCGAUCUUGGGCCUCCCUUCAUUUGUGGGAACUGUCAUUCGGUUUCUGAAUGCAGCCUGAGUCUGCAAAAUAUGAAGAGGAGAUGCCUUCCCUGUUCUGGGCCUUGGAUCCUGUCUUUUCCACGUUUGCAAGACUCUACAUUAAGGAUAUAAAGGAAAUGAGAGAAUCUAAGCAGGUUCCAGGCAUAUUCUUUUAUAAUGGACAUCCAAUACGGCAGGUUGAUGUUGUUGGGAAUGUGGUUCUAACAAAAGAGCGAGAUGCUUUUUAUAACUAUGGAGUGGAUGACAGCACGGGUGUUAUUCAUUGCCUCUGCUGGAAAAGUUCCAGGGAAGUAGAAAAGCCUUUGUCAGCUUUUGCAUCUCAGCCAAGCGCAUCUAGAAAUCUGGCUCUGCUUGGACAUGUGAAGAAGCUCCAGGAAGUGGUGCAUCAGAAAACCAAGCUGGAAAUUGGGGAUGUUGUCAGAGUCAGAGGCUAUAUGCGGCUAUACAGAGGGCAGCGAGAAAUUCAGGCCUCCACCUACUACAAGGUGGAUGAUCCCAUGUACGAUGUUCAGAUUUCAAGAAUGCUGGAACUCCCCUAUCUCUACAGGGAAGUUUAUGAUAAGCCCUUCCAAAUGCCACAGGAGGCACAGAGUGACCUGAACUUUUCAAUGGAUAUGUUCAUUGAGAAAGUGAAAGACUUCCUAGUGAAGAACAGAAUCCAGACCUUCUAUGCACAGGAGCUGGAAACGGUUAAGUCUCUGGUGUCACUAGCCAGUGAGCCAGCACCCAGUACCAGCCUGCAGCAGAUGGAUUCAGAAAACGAACCCCGCUCCAAGCUGAUUCACAGUGCAUUCAAGGAAGCAAUAAAGGUGCUGCAAGACAAAGGUGUCAUUUUCCAGAAAUCAAAAUGUUCCAGAGACCUGUAUCACGUGACUGACCAUGACAAGGAACUGCAUCGAGUGACCACUGACAUCAUCAAAGCAGACUGCCAAAAACCCAGGCAUGCUGAAAAGGGUUGCCAUUUCCUCCAUGUCCUGGAUUCUGUUCGGCAAAGCUACAGCCCUUAUCUGACACAGGAGGUGAUGCAUCGUGUCCUGGAACUGUUGGAGAGCAACAGUGAUAUUGUCAGCACUAUGGAAAGGCACUACACAGCUUUCUAAAGGAAGAAAACAAGAUAUAGACUGUCUGCUGGGCUCUGGACAGAAUUUGACCCCAUAAUCGCUUUGCCAAGAAGUAGGAGUUGAGACACAAGGAGAAGUGCA